GAAAGGGAAGGAGGAGAGAUGUAUGGUAGCCUACUUGUGCAUUUCUGCAGGAGAAGUAAAACCGUGAAAGUAACUCAGCGGAAGUUCUAACGCUUUUGUAAAACACAGCAACUUCACCAUCGUUGCCAUCAUCCAAGACACUUUUAAAUUCAGGACAACAUCCAACAACAAAGGGGUGUUCUUGGUAUCGAUUCCACCCUGAGAGAGAGAAAGACAGAGACAGCGAGGAGCCGCCAUCUUGAAAACAUCACCAUGGCGUGGUCAUCGUGGCUGACGACGUGUGUGCUGCCCCGUUGUACGGCAUCAUCAUCGUCGUUGCUGCGUGGCGCGUACCUGGUGGUGGCGGCGGGUGUCUGCUGUCUGCUGACGGCCGCGCCGUGUGCCCGCGCCGAGAGCUGCCUGAUGAUCAGCGAGGUGAACAGCGACAACCCCAAGUUCGACACGCGCGAGUUCAUCGAACUCUUCCACUCCAGCGGCGCGCGCACUUCGCUGCGCGGCUACACCGUGGUGCUGUACAACGGUAAUGGCAACACGGCGUACCGCGUCAUCGACCUAUCGGAGCACACCACCGACGACCGGGGCUUCCUCCUGAUUGGCUCGGUGGAGCUCAGCCCCCGGCCCGCCGUGGCGCUCCCGCCCAAUAGCAUCCAGAACGGGCCCGACGCCGUGGCGCUGUACGGGCCGGACGCCGCCGAGGAGGAGGAGCCGUUCGAGGUCGGGGAGCACGUACGAGCGCACGGUCUGGUGGACGCCCUGGUCUACGCCACGCGGCGCGGCGGCGACGUGGAGGAGCUGGCCAGCGUGCUGACGCCCGGCUCGCCGCCGUUCCUCGAGGACCCCUCGCUGUUCGAGGAGGACGAGUCCAUCCAGCGAUGCCGGGAGAGCGCACACCAUUGGACCUUUCUGGUGGCCCCGCCCACCCCCGGGAGAGCCAAUGACUGCGCGCCGCCGGCCCCGACGCUGGCGCGCAUCGACGAGCUGCGGCUGGCCGCGGGCUUGACCGUGGAGUUGAACAUCGGCACGGAGACGGGUGCCAUGGUGCUGGUGGUGACGGACGCACAGACGGGGAGGGUCAUGGCCACGUCGGAUAUACCGGGCUCGGGGCAGAGCUCCCGGACGCUCAGCAUCUCCCUGGAACCCGAAUGGACAGGAAUCAGCAGCGGCGCAGUGGCCCUGUACGAAGGGAAGAUGGAGGACAUAGAUCCGCAUACGGAGCCAGUGGACGCCUUUGUCUUCACCUCGAACCCUGAGUCCCUAAAUGUCAACAUACUGGAGAACCUGACGCCUGGCCGCCAAGCCUACACUGUCCCACACAGUUGGGCGGAUGGCCUGUCACUCAGCCGAUGUGGAGUCGCUGAUUGGACGAGAGACUCUGGGACCUUUAUGGAGGCGGUGAUGACCCUGUCGGCAGCCAAUCUCUGUCCUUGGCCAAAGGUCUGCCCCCAUGACAUCGUGUUUCCAGACGGGACUCCGCCCCCUACCCAGCAGCCGUGGCUAGGGGCGGACUUCCUGAUCAACGAGAUCAACUCUGAUUCGCCAGGAGCGGCGGAAAACACAGAGUUCAUCGAGCUCUGGCACCCGUCCGGGUCCGAAACCUCGUUGGACGGGGUGUGGCUUCUGCUCAUCAACGGCCAGGGGGGACGGGUCUACAGAGAGAUCAGCCUAUCGGGUUACUUCACCGACACCGAAGGUUACAUUCUGAUUGGCAGCGACGGGGUCGAACCACUGCCGUCCGUGUUGCUCCCACCCAACACCAUACAGAACGGGCCGGACGCAGUGGCGCUGUACCGCAGCAAGGACCCGCCCACCGACCAGGAGGGAAUCCCCACGGUGGGGCUCCUGGACGCGGUCGUGUACCGCACCCGCGCCGACGACAAGAGCGCCCAGGUGCUGACGGACGCCCUCACGCCCUACCAGCUCCCCCUCCUGGAGGACGCCAACGCGCUGCCGGGAGACGACGAGAGCCUCAGCCGAUGCGAGGGCCGACCGCAGACGCUCGACGCAUUCCGAGUCGGCCCGCUCACCCCGAUGGAGAAGAAUGUUUGUCCCCGCCCCCCUCCCCCCAAGGAGCUGGCCAUCAACGAGGUGGGCGGGGCUCUGGGCCCCAAUUACACGCAGGAGAGCAUGUUCGUGGAGCUGAUUGGCCCUCCCCAUGCCAGCCUGGUGGGAUUGGUGGUCAUGGUGUUUGAGGGCGGGACCAGGGAAGCCAUCCCUCUGACAGGAAGCUUUGGAGAUGAUGGGCUCUUCCUGCUCAACCACACCUCGGGAACAGAUGCCGUGGUGCUGUGCUAUGGCGCGGGAGCUUGUGACGCGGACUCUGAAAUCCUGGACUCUGUGAUCUUCACCGAUGUGCCCCUGCACCUGAAGAAUCUUCCAGCCAGCACCGGCCACAUCAACCCAGCCAUCAGGGCGGUGGUGGAUGGCCGCAUCUCGCUGAGUCGCUGCUCCUGCUGCGAUCACAACUCCCCCUCCUCCUGGAUCACUUCCUCCCCCACCCCCGGCCUGCCCAAUCACUGCCCUAGCCCCACCUACUCCAGCACCAUCCACCUAUGCCUGGAGCCGCAGCCGCUUGACGUACAGGACCAAGCAGGAAGUAAUCACACCACUACUACCACUGUGGAUCCAGACAUCACAGACUGCAGUGGGGAGGUGGCUGUGUAUCUGGAGCAGCAGUGUAACUGCGGUAUCACAGCUCUUUAUUUACAAGGCGUGAAUGUGUCCUGUGUGUCUGGUCUGAUGUAUCUGCAGGGCUCGAUCCCUGCCCUUUCUGAACACCAGAGGGCGCUAAUCACCCACACCACCAGCAGCACACACUCGUGUAUGAGGACAGGGUCCUUGGCGCUGCCAGUGGGCAUAGUGAUGGGCGUCAUCUUUCUGCUGCUGAUGGGCGUCGCUCUCUUUUUAUUCCUGUACAGGAGAAAGCGGCCAAUGGAUUAUUCUUCAAUGGAACUAAGUGAACACGUCGAACUCUAGCCUUCCAUCAGAAUGUGUGUGUGUGUGCAUGCGUGUGUGUGUGUGUGUGUGUGUGUGUGUGCGUGUGUGUGUGUGUGUGUGUGAGAGAGAGAGUGCGUACAAUAUCUUGAAGUAUUAUGUACAGAAGCAAAUGCCUGAUUUUAAUUUUCAAUUCAUGUGUUUAUAUGUUUAGUGUGUGUGCGUGUGUGCGUGUGUGUGUGUGUGUGUGUGUGUGUGUGUGUGUGUGUGUGUGUGUGUGUGUGUGUGUGUGUGUGUGUGUGUGUGUGUGUGUGUGUGUGUGUGUGUGUGUGUGUGUGUGUGUGACGUAAAUGUGUUGCCACUGACGGUUGACAUAAUUUCUUGAACAUUUGUGCAUUCACAUGUGUGUGUGUGUGUGUGUGUGUGUGCGUGCGUGCGUGCGUGCGUGCGUGCGUGUGUGUGUUUCCCCUAGAGACAAUCUAUCUCUUCAUGAGAUCUGGAUAGGCCUUACUUACAUGUCCUAAGUGUCAUCUAUUGCAUGCGGUUGACAAACAGACUUCCCCAUCUGCAUUCAUAGCCAGCUUGACACAUGCAUACACUCACACAAACACAUACAAAUACAUACGCACAUGAACAUAUCCAAACAAAUUCAAACAUGCACACACAGUCACACAAACACAUACAGUACACACACACUCACAUGAACAUAUCCAAACAGAUUCAAACAUGCACACACACUCACACAAACACAUCCACACACAUUCAUUUCAAACAAGCACACACCACGCACACAAACAUAUACAAAUGUAUUUUGCCAGCUUGCAGUAUUAUUUGAAUGAAUGUGUUUACCGUCAUUGCAAUGAGUUAAUUCUUACCACUGGUGGCUGUGUCAGGGAGGUUACUGCAGCUCUAUGAAAGACAAUGACAAAGGUGACAAAGGUCAUUUUUAAUUUACGUAAAUGUAAAUUUUAACCUUUAUUAAUUAACAAAUGUCAUGAUGCCGUAGGGGAGGUUAUCUAGUCCGGCGCUGGCCAACAGAGACAGAAAUACAUUCUUCAUACAAAAAUGUAUUGACCUAUCAGACCAGGGGUGUCAAACUCAGGCCCGGGGGCCAAAUCUGGCCCGCGGAGCCAUUUUAUUUGGCCCGCGAGAUCAUUUCAAAUGUGUAUUGCAGUUGGCCCACAUACACCAUUAAUGUAUAGUGGUCAAAGACUUGAACAAGAAAUUUGGUGUGUCACAGGAUGUGCAGAUACAUUUGAACUACCAUAUAUGAUGGGAAAGAGUGUGUGUGAAAUUUAACUAUGAGUAUGAAGUGUAUGUACGCACAAUUUUAGUCCAAUUUUUAAAAUAAAUGUUGAGUUCGGCCCGCGACUUUUUUCCAGAUUUUGAUUUUGGCCCUCAGUCAAUUUGAGUUUGACACCCCUGUAUCAGACCAAUGCUGUGCUUAUGAACUAUCUUAGAACAGACACCACACAGUACUUGUCAAAGUGCUCCUUCAACACUGGGAGAGUCUAAUUUAACACUCUUAACCCAGGCUCAAACUACACGACUAUUGGCCCGAUUCUCAGCUGUAAACCCCCCUUAUGACAAUCGAUGGAACGUUGCCCCCCAGGACAAUCGCAAGCAAACUUUGCCGGCUCAAAGAGUCACCGAUUGCAAAUCGUAGAUAUACUGAUUGAUAUUUACGACUGGAAAUAGAACGUCUGGCAUUGUCUCUGUGUUUGUGAUCGUGGAUUAGAUUGACACGUGUGAUUCUCUUCUAGUGUGCGGCGCAGCAUGACUUCAAAGUUGAACACAAAACUAGGAGUCGUGUAGUUUGAGCCCAGAUUAAAGCCUCGUUCACACACGUCACACGUAUAACGUCAAUGUGUUCCAGCGAGACGAGCAGGCAAGUAGGCGAGUACUAUACAAGUGAUGCGAUGUGGGCGGAUCCGGAGUUGAAAAUAUUUUAACUUCGAACGAGGAGAGUGGGCGAGUAACCAAUUGGAAUGCAGAGUUUGGUACUACUCGCCUGUGCAUUGGCAGUUAAAGGACCAGUUCAGUCAAUUCCAACAUGCAGUUGUAAUGCUCACACUACCCUGGACUUGUCAAUACCUGACAUUUUUUGUUCUUCUUCUUCAGCCAUUUCCAAGAUCCUGGUCAUUGUAAUGGGGGCAGCGCUUUGUUUACAUAAAAAAAAAAAAAAAACAUUUUUAUUUAUUCCCAAAAAACAUCCAAAAGGUUAUACAACAUCAGCAGACAAUUAGCAAACAGCGGUACCUUUUGGGAAAAAUAUUUGGAGUAGGCCUAUGUUUAAAAAAAAUUAAAUGUAAACAAACGCUGCCCCCAUUAGAAUAGCUCAUAUCUCGGAAAGGGCUGAGCCGAAAAAUUUGGCAUCACCGGGUACUGACAAGUCAAGGGUCGCCUGAGCAAUACAAGCGCAUAUUGAAAUUGACUGAACUGGUCCUUUAAAGCCGCGGGAACAUUUAGCGAACGUUCCAUGAGAGAAUGGCGAGUAGGCGAGCGAGCGAAAAGCUAGUAACUAGCAGUGAUGUGUGUGAACGUAGCUUAAGUGUUAAUUCUACUCUUUAAGUGUUGAGGAUUAUACAGGUAGCUGUUAAUACCUGCUGGCCAUUGCUGCCUGUCGCACCUCCUCCGGUGCCCAUGGGUCAGCGAGAGAAAAUAAGACUUGUGACACAAUUAACACUGUGACAUUUACUGUGCAGACAUUUGAGAUAAUGAGCAUGCAGAGAGCACGUGUACAUGCGCAAGAGUUAACUCUAUGAGAUAUUAUGCCAUUCAUUUCGUCAUUGGAAAACCGGCUUGCUUUUGGGACUAUGGUCCACUGACCAAGUAAAUUUACACAACCAGAUUAAAUAUCAUAUGUAGUAUAUCAAAUAAAGUCUCAUUUUUAAUCAUAUGUUGAGAAUGAGAAUGAGAGUACAGUAUGAGAAGAUUAUGGGACCGUUUUUAUUGGUGAAUGCUUUGCACUCUUAUACUAUAGGAAGUGUUUUCAAGCUCUUAACAUAACAGGUCAAUUAAUCAUUGUGCUAAAACCAUUGUGCUGGAAUAUCUAACGUGUGUGUGUGUGUGUGUGUGUGUGUGUGUGUGUGUGUGUGUGUGUGUGUGUGUGUGUGUGUGUGUGUGUGUGUGUAUGUGUGUGACGUCCGUCCCUGUGUGUGUGUGUGUGUGUUUGUGUGCAUGCCCGUCCGUGUGUGUGUGUGUAUGUGUGUGUGUGCCCGUCCAUGUGUGUGUUUGUGUUUCCUUGUGUGUUUUUGUUUCUGGAUGUAUGAAGAGAUAUUUUUGGAGAUUUUUUUUCUUUUUGGAGAAUUGUGUUCCAUAAUGUAGAAGACUAUCAGUGUUCUCAGGGCAAGCCAAUAUUGUGUCGAUACCAGUAAAACGAAUAUUGAAUCGGUACCAAGUAAAGCGAGUAUUGAAUUGGUACCAGUAAAGCGAGUAUUGUAUCGGUACCAGUAAAGCGAAUAUUGAAUUGGUACCAGUAAAGCGAGUAUUGUAUCGGUACCAGUAAAGCGAUUAUUUUAUCGAUACCAGUAAAGCGAAUAUUGUAUCGUACCAGAAUCGGUACCAGUAAAGCGAUUAUUGUAUUGAUACCAGUAAAGCUGAUAUUGUGUCGGUACCAGUAAAGCUUUGUUGAUGUUAUCGCUGUUUCAUGUCCAUUUUGAUGAUGUUUGGGUAACACUUAAACUUGACGCCGGUCUCAUAUGCAUGUCAUUACAGUGUCAAAAUAGUGUCAUGGCACAGUCAUAGAUAAGUCAUGAACAUAACGUCCAUGUCAUAAAACUUUUUAUGACUGUUGGCCUUAAGUGACAUUCAGUUAUGACAAAGACUCAUCUAUGACUGUGUCAUCAUGACACUAUUACGACACUGGCGUCAAGUAAAGUGUUACCGAUGUUUUGUUUUGUUGUGUUAUUGUUUGUGUUUGUGUUUGUUUGUUUGUUUGUUUGCUGCAUUGUGGGUUCUCAUACUGUGACAGCCACCUGAAGCACUUAAUGCAACAUGUCCGAUGCAUUUCCUGUAUUAGUUGUCUGUUAAGACGGCACAUAGCAAUAAAAAAGAAUCAUAUUUUACCUAAA